AUGAUCAUACGUAAAUUCGACGUCGAAUCAUUGAAGGAAUGGGAAACAACUCUCAGCGCGAAAUCUACUUCCUCGUCCUUCGGUGAUCUAGAGCAGUUCCUGGUCGGACGCGUGCAAACCCUGGAAUCUAUCGAACGAGUCAUAAUGCCAUUUAAACAACCAGCUCCAAACUCCAUGUCGGUACGUUCGCAGUCAAAUGCAAGAGCAUACACCGCUACCGCUGUCGUACCACAGUGUGCGAUAUGUAACUCGGGACGUUAUAUCGCGUCGUGCCCAAAAUACCUUGAGAAGAUUGUGAGUCAACGACGCGAGGUUGUCAUUGCAAAAAACCUGUGCUUCAAUUGUUUCGGACUUCAUCACCUCAAAGCAUGUCGCACUUUGAAACGCUGUCGAUUCUGUCGCAAGCAGCAUCAUUCAACGUUGCAUGUAGCAACCGUCGAAUUCGACGCCUCGACAACGUCCACUCCGACUGCAAUCUCCGUCCCGUCGACUAACGGCACUACCACGGGCAUCUCUGGAGCAUCUCAACCCAACGGACCUGUACUCCUCACACGUGCAGUCACAUUGCACAAUCACGCGUAA